UUUUUUCAAAGCUCUUUUGGGUGUUCAAUGCCAUGCAUUGCACAGCCACCAUUGUGACGCUGUUAUAACUUAAUAGCAAACAGAAUGGCUAUAUUUAUCGCCUAAACCUUCCUCACUUCAUCAUCUCUUUAUCAUCAGCUAUUAAAUAAAGGAUUACUUUCUUCUCUCUCUAGAUCUCUCUCAGACCCAAUAGCUAGGCAAAAAGAAACACCAUGGUUUCUGUGUCUUGUUCUUUGCUCUAUUGUCUGCCUUUUCUCUACCUUAUAUUUCCCCUGGUCUCUUCCAUUACCAUUCCAUUAUCACAUUCAUACACAAAGCAAAACCCAUCUCAAGAUCCAUUCCAAAAGCUGAACCACCUAGUCUCCGCCUCUCUAACCAGAGCCCACUACCUCAAAAACCCCCAAACCGCCCCUACUACAACUUCAACUCCAGUGUUUUCGCACCACUAUGGAGCCUACUCCAUUUCUCUUUGCUUUGGCACUCCACCUCAAACUCUCCCUUUUAUCAUGGACACAGGCAGCGACUUUGUCUGGUUCCCGUGCACCGUCAACUAUCACUGCAAGAACUGCUCUUUCGCCUCAUCCGCCUCAAGAAUCUCACCUUUUAUCCCCAAACGUUCCUCAUCGUCCAAGAUUAUUGGCUGCAACAACCCCAAAUGCUCUUGGAUUCACCAAACGGAUUUACAGUGUCCAGAAUGUGAAAACAGCCCCAUUUCCCGAAACUGCUCCCAGAUCUGCCCCCCUUAUCUUAUCCUCUACGGUUCAGGCACCACUGGAGGCAUUGCACUCUCAGAGACUCUCCAUCUUCAUGGCCUAACAGUGCCAAACUUUUUGGUUGGAUGUUCCGUUUUCUCUUCCCGCCAACCAGCGGGAAUAGCCGGUUUUGGCCGCGGCCCUUCAUCUUUACCCAGCCAAAUUGGCCUCAGUAAAUUCUCGUACUGCUUACUUUCUCAUAAAUUCGAUGAUUCCGCCGAAAGCAGCUCUCUUGUUCUUGAUUCCGAGUUUGAUUCUGAUAAGAAAACCACCGCAUUAGUAUACACACCGCUACUUAAAAACCCGAAAGUCGAAGAGAAGCCCGCAUUUUCAGUUUACUACUACGUUGGUCUCCGUAGAAUAAUCGUCGGCGGCCGUCGCGUGAAGAUUCCGUACAAGUACCUCUCGCCUGGAAACGAUGGCAAUGGUGGGACCAUCAUCGACUCAGGGACUACAUUCACGUUCAUGUCACAUGAGGGCUAUGAGGCGCUAAGCAAUGAAUUCAUUUCACAGAUGAAGAAUUAUGAGAGAGCUGAAACGGUUGAGGAUUUGAGUGGGCUAAAGCCUUGUUUUAACGUUUCUGGGGUUAUGAAGGUGGAGUUUCCUGAACUGAAGCUUCAUUUUAAGGGUGGCACUGAGGUGUUACUACCAGUGGAGAAUUACUUUGCCUUGGUUGGGGACAGGGAAGUGGCAUGCUUGACGGUGGUGACCGAUGUGGUGGAGGGAGCAGAGGCAGCAAAAGGGCCAGGGAUAAUUUUGGGGAAUUUUCUGAUGCAGAAUUUUCUUGUAGAGUAUGAUUUGAGGAAUGAGAGGUUGGGGUUUAGGAGAGAGUCUUGCAAGUGAUUGAAUUUAGAACGCCCAAUAAAAAAUUUGGCAAAUGGUUUUCUUUCGUGCAAGUGAUCAAGUUAUUAUUAGGAGAAAGAUACUUUGUGUUGAUAUAUCUUGCUCAAUGAGGAUUGGAAUUCAAGAUUUUAUAAA